CAUGGGCGGCGGCACGCUAUUGGUCCCACCCCACGCGCACAGUCCGCAUCCUAACCUAAACCUCGCCGAAUAAGGCAUUCCCGCAUCACGAGGGGCGCUAUGACGGAACAGCUGUCACAAAGCGUGAUGCGAAACACUGGACGCGGAUAAAUAAAGGGGUGGGGGCGAGGCUUUACGUGCGCGGCCGCCGGUAUUCCGUCAAAGGGGAACGUGCGGUUGGUCGUGUACUCGCUGCGUGUGACGGGUGAACGAAUAUAUAAUUGCCGGAGCGAAAUCCUACAGACUUCAGUGCCAGUAGGUCACCGGGAGACGCGCGCACGGGAACGGGUGGUCACGACGCACGAGAAAUAAGUUUUUAAAAAGCGAAAUAGCCAGCAACAGCAUCGCAAAUCGUGCGAAAGAAGAUUGUGUGACAAGUAUCACGUUCACCCGGAAUCCAUCAAUCUUGGACGUUUCCACUCUGGCACGAUGGAGGGGGAGAAGAAGCAGGUGACAUGCUACCUCCUGUUUUCUUUAUCAACGGCUGUAAUUGGCUCCCUGCAGUUUGGCUACAACACAGGAGUCAUCAAUGCCCCAGAACAGAAACUGCGGGCAUUCUUUAAUGCCACAUGGAUGGAGCGUUACGGUGAGCCCAUCAAGCCGGGCAUGUGCACCAUUGUGUGGAGUUUCGCUGUGGCCAUCUUCAGCGUUGGUGGUAUGGUGGGAUCAUUCAGCGUCGGCGUCGUAGCCAACAAAUUUGGAAGACGUAAAUCUAUGAUCCUCGUGAAUAUCUUGGCUCUGAUUGGUGGGAGUCUCAUGGGACUGUGCACUCUCUGCUCCUCCUUUGAGAUGAUCAUUGCCGGUCGGCUGGUUAUUGGACUGUUCUGUGGCCUCUUCACCGGUCUCACUCCUAUGUAUGUUGGGGAAGUGUCUCCCACUCCCCUCCGCGGGGCCUUUGGGACCCUGCACCAGCUUGGUGUUGUGGUGGGCAUCUUAAUUGCACAGAUUUUUGGUUUGGAGUACCUGCUGGGUUCAGAUAAGCUCUGGCCUGUGCUUCUGGCUUUAACCGUGUUACCUGCCAUCCUGCAGUGUGUACUGCUUCCGUUCUGUCCAGAGAGCCCCCGAUACCUGCUCAUUAACCUCAAUGAGGAAGAACAGGCCCGUAAAGCGCUGGUGCGUCUCCGUGGUUACGAGGAUGUGGGAAAGGACUUGCAGGAGAUGAAAGAGGAGAGUCUGAAGAUGGCCAUGGAGAAGAAGGUGACCAUCCCUGAACUUUUCCGCACCGCUGCUUACCGCCAGCCUCUUCUGAUCGCUAUCAUGCUGCAGCUGUCCCAACAGCUGUCUGGCAUCAACGCUGUUUUUUAUUACUCAACUGGUAUUUUUGAGUCAGCUGGAGUGAAUCAACCCAUUUAUGCCACCAUUGGAGCUGGAGCCAUCAACACUGUUUUUACUGUGGUAUCUCUUUUCUUGGUGGAGAGAGCGGGACGGAGAACUUUGCACCUCAUUGGUUUGGGUGGAAUGGCAGUCAGCGCCUUGGCCAUGACCAUCGCUCUCUUGUUGGUGAGUUCUGCUGUCUGUUUUCAUUUUGAUGACUGUCACUUUAUAUAUCUGACCAUCAUAAGAAUGUUAAUGUCGUACCUGUGCUUUCUUACCUUUGUCCCUGAGCAGAAGGACAUUGAGUCUCUCCGAUACCUCAGCAUUGCUGCAGUCUUUGCCUUUGUGGCCAUGUUUGAGAUGGGCCCUGGACCCAUUCCCUGGUUCAUAGUGGCUGAACUGUUCUCUCAGGGGCCACGUCCCGCCGCCAUGGCUGUUGCAGGAUGCUCCAACUGGACAGCCAACUUCCUUGUGGGAAUCAGCUUCCCUAAACUCGAGGAGCUGUGCGGGCCAUAUGUCUUCAUUAUAUUUAUGAUCUUCCUCAUCAUCUUCUUCAUCUUUACAUACUUCAAAGUCCCGGAGACCAAAGGGCGAACUUUCGAUGACAUCGCCCGUGGUUUUAGCGGGGCUCCGCCUCCAACUGCCACCUCCGUGGACGAGCCUGGCAGAGUCGCACUUCCUGCCUCUCCGGUCAAAGAAAAGGUACCAUUGGUGGAAGCGUCCAAAUCUUCCUCAGAACAGGGUGCAGGUUCAUCUGAGAAAGCUGCGGCAGAUGCCAAAAAGGUGGAGGAGAAACCUAGCUCGGUUACCCAGCCACUGGUGGAUUCUAGUAAAGAGGAGAAAUCUAAUUCCACCAUCUAAGAAACGGUUUAACUAUAUAGCUUAUUAUAAUGAAAGCCAUGACAUGUACCACUGAAGAUAGAAAUAGAAUACUAGAGGUUUAUUUACUGGAAAGAGAUUAUUUAGGGGAAACAGAUUAUGAAGGGAACACAGUGGAGAGUCGCAGAUCUCCUAGACAUAUUUUGAAAGGAUACGAGUGCUCGUAGUACAUGAGCUUUAUUUUAUUGUGUAGUUUGAAAACUGAUGGUUUGGUGCAAUAUUGAUUCAUGUUUUAAGGGUUUUAUCCUUUUAUCGCUCAUUCCUGUUUGUGCAUUUUUGGUGCCGUUUUAAUGUGAAUUAUCAUAUUGGACAAAUUUCCUUUAUCAACUCAAACAGGGAAAUUAAACAAAAGGGAAUUUUAACACUUGGCCUUCGUAGUUCUCACCGUUUUCAACUAUCAAUCCUCUUCUUUUUUUUUGCUUAUAGAAAAACCAAAGUGUUUUUCCCUGAAAUGAGAGCUGGCGAUCAUCAUAAUCUCUAGGUUUUUGCACUGAAGGUGUUUAUUUUGUAUAAAAUAUAGUGUAUAUAGGAAUAUAUAUACAUUUUCAUUACUUCAGAUCACUACUACCAUCAAAAAAAACGUACAACAUAUAAUUAAUUAGGUUCAUUAAAAAUACCUAUAUUUAUAAGAAGUGCUUAGCUAGUAAAGCUUAUGCCAAGAAUAAAAUCGCUAGUUUACUGCCAAAAAAUAAUACAUUUAAAGAAACUGUUCACAUAAAUAAGUCACUCAUUCAUUUUAAAUCACAGUAAAGGUUGUAUUGUAGAGGACGCAAAUGGACCAACCAGUGUUCAAUAUACUGUCUCAAUAACUACACAAAUUCACAUUUAAUAUAUCCAAGAUUAAGAAUUUAAGCAAAUCAAGGAGGAAAUUAAUCCCGCUACUGAAUUUCCUGUGCUUGGUAAUUUAGUAUUCCAGUGUAACAUAUGUGCUGCACCAGCUCACUUUGAGGUUCGACAGAGUAGUGAGAGAAGUCUCACUUGAUCCCAAUAAAAGUGUUUAUAAUAGCUGUAGUUUUGCACUUUUCGACAUGUUUUAAUCCCUUUCGUAGAGAACACAGAGUAUUUAUUUGUUCACACAUUUAUUUUUUACUUAUAUUAGAGAAUCUUUACCAAUAAUUUCUACCAUAGACGCUUUACGCAGCCAUUGCUUAGGUGUCGCUAUUUUUGUCUAGAUAUUGAAUGUGAAAAUAUUUAUUAAUAUGCACAUUUAUACGCCGGGGGUAAUGAGGAAGUGCUUUUUCCCAUUGUAUGUGACCAUGUAUGUGUUGCACGGAGAGAUACUCCAAAAAAGACCAAGAAAGACAACAUUCCUCUUGCAGUAGUGCGCUGUGGUUUGUAUUCCAGCGGUCAAGAGCAGCUUCACACUGAGCCAGCCCUUCUCUUACACUAGCAAACACAACCAUCUUAUUAACUGUUUAUACCUUUCAAAUACUGUAUCAUUUACUGUGCAUAAUGUACACAACUCAUAGUUACUUGCUUACUGUACAGUUAGAGGAUCACCCUGUAAAUACUUUAGUUAAUGUUCCUGUGUUAAACUGAUGUUAUUGCAGGUAAAAAGGAGUGUUGAUGUUUCGACGUUUGUGUAUUAUAUGGUGGCUUUUCCUGAAUGUGUAUCAAAAUCAUGAGUGGUACUGUGUACAGUUGUUGUAUUAUUUUGUGAAUAAAUAGUCACAAUAAAUGAUAGUAAAUAAAUGAUUUCUUCUCUU